GUGAUGCUGAGCGCUGCCUGCUCAGACAACAGACACGCGAGGUCAGGAAGAAGCCGCUUAUAAAUUACCGCUUCCUCCGCGCCGCCGCCAGCGCCGAGCUCCGGGCCCUGGAACGCAGCACCGGUCGCUGGCCAGCGCCGAGUCCCGAGGACGGCGAGCUCAGAGGCCGCGCUCCGCCGAGAGGGAGAGCAGAGCGCGGACCCUGCGGGCCAGAGAUCGAGCCGGCGGGCAGCCUUCGGUGAGCGGAACCGAGCGCAGCCAAGUGCAGCGCCGCGGCCGCCCCAGGUCCAGAGCCGCAGCCCUUUGUGAGGAGGCUCCAAAACAAAGCAAGGAGGACAUGGCCACCAAGGAGAAGCUGCAGUGUCUGAAAGACUUCCACAAGGACAUCCUGAAGCCAUCCCCAGGGAAGAGCCCAGGCACACGGCCUGAGGAUGAGGCCGAGGGGAAGCCCCCGCAGAGGGAGAAGUGGGCCAGCAAGAUCGACUUUGUGCUCUCCGUGGCAGGCGGUUUCGUCGGCUUGGGCAACGUCUGGCGGUUCCCCUACCUCUGCUACAAAAAUGGUGGAGGUGCAUUUCUCAUACCAUAUUUCAUUUUCCUGUUUGGGGGUGGCCUGCCUGUGUUUUUCCUGGAGGUAAUCAUAGGCCAGUACACCUCUGAAGGGGGCAUCACCUGCUGGGAAAAGAUCUGCCCCUUGUUUGCCGGCAUCGGCUACGCCUCCAUCGUGAUUGUGUCCCUCCUGAACAUAUACUACAUCAUCAUCCUGGCCUGGGCCACUUACUACCUGUUCCAGUCCUUCCAGUCGGAGCUCCCCUGGGCACACUGCAACCACAGCUGGAACACGCCCCACUGCCUGGAGGACACCUUGCGCAGGAACAAGAGCCUGUGGAUCUCCCUGAGCACCACCAACUUCACCUCCCCUGUCACCGAGUUCUGGGAGCGUAACGUGCUGAGCUUGUCUUCUGGAAUCGAUGAACUGGGCGCUCUGAAGUGGGACCUUGCUCUCUGCCUUCUCCUCGUCUGGCUGGUCUGUUUCUUCUGCAUCUGGAAGGGCGUCAAAUCCACGGGCAAAGUCGUCUACUUCACGGCCACGUUCCCAUUCGCUAUGCUCCUGGUGCUGCUGGUCCGUGGACUGACGCUGCCCGGUGCAGGCGAAGGCAUCAAGUUCUAUCUGUACCCCGACAUCAGCCGCCUGGAGGACCCACAGGUAUGGAUCGAUGCCGGGACCCAAAUAUUCUUCUCCUACGCCAUCUGCCUGGGGGCCAUGACCUCGCUGGGGAGCUACAACAAGUACAAGUACAACUCGUACAGGGACUGUAUGCUGCUGGGAUGCCUGAACAGUGGUACCAGUUUUGUGUCUGGCUUCGCAAUUUUUUCCAUCCUGGGCUUCAUGGCACAAGAGCAAGGGGUGGACAUUGCUGAUGUGGCUGAGUCAGGUCCUGGCCUGGCCUUCAUUGCCUACCCGAAAGCUGUCACCAUGAUGCCGCUGCCCACGUUUUGGUCCAUCCUUUUUUUUAUCAUGCUUCUCUUGCUGGGACUGGAUAGCCAGUUCGUUGAAGUGGAAGGACAGAUCACGUCCUUGGUUGACCUUCACCCAUCCUUCCUAAGGAAGGGUUUCCGCCGGGAAAUCUUCAUCGCCUCAAUAUGUUGUGUCAGCUACCUGCUGGGGCUGACCAUGGUGACGGAGGGCGGCAUGUAUGUGUUUCAGCUCUUUGACUACUACGCAGCUAGCGGUGUAUGCCUUUUGUGGGUUGCAUUCUUUGAAUGUUUUGCUAUUGCCUGGAUAUAUGGCAGUGAUAACUUUUAUGACGGUAUUGAGGACAUGAUCGGCUACCGGCCUGGGCCCUGGAUGAAGUACUGCUGGGCGGUGGUCACUCCGCUUCUCUGUCUUGGUUGUUUUAUCUUCUCUCUCGUCAAGUAUAUACCCCUGACCUACAACAAAGUCUACGUGUACCCCACCUGGGCCAUCGGGCUGGGCUGGGGCCUGGCCCUGUCCUCCAUUGUGUGCAUCCCCUUGGUCAUGGUCAUCCGCCUCUGCCAGACGGAAGGGCCGUUCCUCGUGAGACUCAAGAACCUGCUGACCCCGAGGGAACCCAACCGCUGGGCCGUGGAGCGCGAGGGGGCGACGCCCUACAGCUCCCGCGGGUCCGUGAACAGCACACUCAGGAAGCCAACGCACAUCAUCGUGGAGACCAUGAUGUGAGCUCUCUCCGGUCGACAGGCUGCUUUCCUGCUGUUUACUAACGUUAGAUUCUCAUAGGACCAGGUUUACAGAGCUUUAUAUUUGCACUAGGAUUUUUUUUUUAAUUGUCACAGAAAAUGUUACUCUGUGUGUGUGUGUGAGUGUGUGUGCGUGUGUGUGUGGUGUCGUGCGUAUGUGUAUUUUGUUUUGAUUUGGGGAUAUUUUGUACAAAAAGAAAACCCACGGGCAGCUGUCCGGGGCGAGGCAGAGCUUUCCUAUGGAAUUAGAUGUAUUUUAUGGGAACUUGGUAAAUCUUUCUUUGUAUUGUUUUUAAACAUACAACUAUGUAUACACGUAGAGAUUUUCAUACACUUUUACCACUUGAAUUGAUCUUGCCAGCAGUCAAUCUCGUUUUCAAAAGCAAUUCUUCGGUGCUUGUGUAGCUGGCAGAAAGUUCUGCUCCCCCCAAAACACAGGGACCGCAGACGCAUUUUAAAGGUGUAGUACCUUACGAACCUGGUUCAAGUGAAGCAAACAGCUAUCUGGCCAGACCCCGAGGGGCUGGAGAAAGGAAGGCUGUCGGGAGACGCCUCAUGAUACUUGUAGUCAACAAGAAAGAUGCCAAAAUAAUGAACCAACCCCUCAAGCGAAGGGACUGAGAGCCCGCAGAGGAGGCCCAAGAGCAGAAGUCUGGUGCUAAGGGCACUGGGGACCGCCGCAUCAGGGGCGGAGUCCCUUUUAUUUUGAGGCUGAGGGUGGAUCGUCAGAAAGACUGCCGAACCAUCAGUCUGUGAGGCAGGGACGUCCUUCCUGGAGUGUCCCAGGGAGGGAGCGGAGGCUGGCCCACAAGGAGCUGGAGGUCUCAGGGCUCCAACCUCACACAGGUGGGUCUGUUGCCUUGGAGGGGGGGUCCCACCAGGUUCUGGUCGUUCCCCCAGCUGACCUCUCUUGAAGCUUCCUGUAGGGGAAGCAUGAUGUAUUUGGUGAGGGGCGAGGGGUGAGCAAGUGGACCAAAAGGACGAGGCCCCAGGCGCCCGGGGCCUGGUGUGUGUGUGUAGGGGGUGCUCUUCUUUCCCCAUCUCUCCACCCUCAGCGCUGUCUUCACCUCCCAAGGCUCUUGUUGAAGACCUCAGCCCGGAGCCACCCUGGCACCUAGCAGGGAGUGCUAGGAGUGAGCUUUCGCUGGGGCAAGGUGCUCCCCAAACUCUCCUGCAAGUUCAGGCACAAGUGCAACCCAUGUUGGUAACCUGGGAGAUGAGGAAACUCUUUAUUCCCCUGUCCCCCGCAAAAGCUGGGGUCGGGUGUACACCAUGUGGGGGUCGAGGUCAGGAGAUGUCAGGGUUGUUCAGGGGCAGGCACCCCAGAACUGGCGUCUCUCCCAGCACCAGGACGGAAGGCACUCCACCUUCAAAAUCCCGAGGACAGAUGCACCUCCAUCCGCCUGCAUUUGGACCUAAACUGUGCCAUUUAAACAGAAACUUCCAAGUUCAGAGUCUCAAGUAAACCAAAACAUUGUCACGCACAAACGGCAGUGACUGCCUUGGGGGUGUGGAGAGCGCGGUCCGGCUCAGGCGUUCAGAGCAGGGCCUCUGAGUCCUGGGACCCCCUCCCCAAAUCCAGGCAGGGGAGGAGGCUUGGGUGUCCCCCUCCCGAGGGGCAGAGGCGAUCAUGAACCUCUUGUCUUUGGCGAGCGUGCACAGUCCGCUGUCUCCAAAGCACAUACUCUGCCAAACAACACCCAGUCCUAUUCCAAACUGUCAGCAAGUCUCUGCUCCUGUUUUACUGUGUAUUUAUGGUUGCCACUGUGUCUGAGUUGAUUGUAUUGUUUUUGGUUUUUUUCCCUAAUUUUAUUGAGUAGCAAUGUGACCUGUUCUCCUUUGUCUUAUGGAAUUUUAGUAAACGAAUCACUGUCGAUGACUGGGGACAGGGGACGUGCAGGGGCGAGGGGGGCUCGGACCCCCGGUGAAAGGCCACAGUGUUUCGGAUUGGUAGGCAAAUUGCAACAUGGCCUCUUCUUAUAAGAUUCCCAGACCAAAUUCUAGACCAAAGACACAUGCAGACCACGUCCCCAGGCCUGGCCUGGAGGGAAGGUCAGCCACUUUCCCAAGCCCCAUCCUCGCCCAUCUCCCGGGGCACCUGUCUCCAGUUGUGACCCUCUUGUCUGGUCCCCUAGUUCUUGUGUAUCCACGGAGCUCUGCUCUAUGAGUACAACGUGUAAUGAUGUGUGACUUUUAUGUCUCCACAUAAAGGAAACUUGUCAUUGGAGCUCGCAACUCUGGUCCGCCUGCCUCCAGGCAAGUCCCCCGCCCUCGCUCUGCCUGGGAUGGGUUGGAAAUUCUGAUGUUUGCAGCCAGAUCUGGAAGGGAUGCAAGAGAGAGGUUGAGAGGAUGUUUUUAGGAUGCAGAAAUGGGUAAUGGCCCCACGAUAAGCUCACCUAGGGAGACGCUUCAUUGAGCUGGGCCUGGGCCUCGUUAGUCCCUGCGGUAGAACCGCAUGGUCACUGAUGGAGAGGCUUCCUGGGCCCCCCGGUCAGCGCGCUCGUUGUCUAAGGGGCGUGUUCUCCCUGAAGACCAAAGACCGGCCUUUAUGAAAAAGGACAUGCUCCCUCCCCGAGUUCAGGGGCGCGGUGAGCAGCACCUGCCCUGUGACCAUCCUCGGGGCCGGCUGGACCCCAGGCUGUGGCUCAGUGGGACAGGCAGCACCGGUCAUCUGGCCCCCCACCCAGCAGCCCUCAGGGAGUGAGGCCCUGAGACGCCUGUUGAGCAGGAGGAAACCGAAGAUGCCAGUUGGUGUGCAGGAGGCAGAGCCCCUUGGGCAGGAUUUAGCCUGAGGCCACGUGGGAAAUUCCCAGGUGGCGGGAAGUGGCCUUGGAUGAUUUCUGGGCCGUACACAGCUCUGUCUCUGUCUCUGUCGCUCCGGUCCCACAUUCUCACCCCAGAUCCCCAACACACCCCAAGACGGUGGGGACACACAAGGGGAGAGGGAGCCCCCCUCAGCCCAGCCCAGAGUGGUCUUGUGUCCCCAGGGGCCACCACACAGUGGUCAGGGCCCCAGCCGGCAUCUCCCAGCACUACCCCUCCAGAUGCGGCAAUGCUUUGCGCAGCCGGUGCUCCAGCAGGCGAACCUCCCUUCCGCCCCAGGCCUCAGAGCCUGUUCGGGAAAGAACCCAAGAGCAACCCCCCCAGGCGGCUAGAGGUCCCACCCAGCCCUCAGACCCAAGGUCAGGUUGGGCCCCGUGGAUGCUAUGAAUAUCACUGCAAAAAUCCAACAGGCACAAAACAACAAAGGUCAGACCUCAAAACUUGGAGAGGGGUGUAGGCACCCAGAAGCCAGGAAAUAACAUUUCUGCCCCCAGGGCUCCCUCUCAAUGCCUGGCUUUCAGAGUGCUGCUCGGAAGCUGGGUUUCAUUGUUCUCUUGUGGGUGUCAGUACGGGUGUGUUCUGCCGCAUUCCCUGAGGGAUUGGAGCAUCUUGUUUUAUAUUUGGCCUCAAAUUGAGACGUUGGCUUCAUUUUUUUUUUUUUUUUUUUACCCAAUUAAUUUUCGAAUUCCUAGCAACUGUGACUCUAUUUAGCACAAGAGAAAGCUGAGAAUGUGGGUCUUGCCUCCUUCCAGAAAUCUGUCUGGCUCAUCAGGACUUUUUUUUGAAACUUCAAAAUAUUUUUAAGAUAUUUUAAACUUUUGUAAAAAAUAAAUAAAUAAAUAAGUCAACCAACAAGAGACUCUUCCGAGGAGGAGUGUUUGUAUUUGAAUAAGAGCCUUGGUGUGUAAUUCAGUCUUGCAGUAUACAAGCUUUUGUGUAUAAUGUUUUCGGACAUGAAUCCCUGUAUUUUGCAGGGUUUUUCUUUUCCUCUUUCACUUUUUAGAUAAACAUGUAUAUCGGUAUUUUAAAUUCAUCGUUGCUUUUUUUUUAGAGGAGUUUGUAAUCACCUUAUAACAUGAAAAUAAACAUUUCCUUUUUAAA